UUAACCAAGUUAAAAUAUUAUCAAUAUGUCUUCCCCUCACCAAGGCGGCUCUCUCUCCGACAUGGCGCCAAGCGGCACCAGGAUUCCUAACGAUGCAGGCCGCAUGAACACCAUCCCAUCCGUCCCACGCGACGAUCAAAAAGCCGAAGAUGACUCCUUUGAUUAUGCGGGACAGGGUCAGCCGUCUCUCGCCUUUGCCGCAGAUAAUUACACCGAUCUUCCGCGGAGUACGAAAGAUAUGGGCUUUACCGGUGAAGUCAUGACGGGCACUGGGAACACGUUACCAGCCCAGGCUGAGAACGCAGGUAAUGAAAUUGGCGCCAAUUGGCCAGGUGCUAAAGGCCAGACAAGAAGUUUAAAGAGGUCGAAUAAGAACAGGGGGGGUUUUGACAUUCAGGCCGGAGAAGAUGAGGAUGCAGGGCAGUAUAUUGGGGAGCAUGAAGGAAGGAAUGUGGGAGAUUAUUAAAUGAACAUAUCACUUUAUUGGGGAUAGUGUAUGAU